AUGCUGGAGACCCUCUGCGGCCUGCCGCUGGCCUGGGACCAGUGCGCCCACCGGCUCGCCGAGGGCGCGCUGCCGGUGCUGCGGAGCCAGCCGCUGGGGCCCCUUCUGCCGAUCCUGCUCCAGGCCGCAGACGCGAAGGCACACGCGCUCGUUGAGGCCGUCGCGGACGUCAUCUGCCAGCAGCUCCCGGGGGCGAGCGCAGGCCUCCGGGCGGAUGCCACCUGCGCCCUGAUCUCCAGCGGCCUGGGCCAGAAGAGCGCGCCGACCACGCUGCGGGGGCUCCAGCAGGAGGCGUCCUUCCCCAUGUUCGCCUCCGCGGUGGCCGGCCUCGGCGAGCGGGAGACGGAGGACCCCGACCUGGCGGCCUGCGGGCAGUCCCUGGCGGAGCGCCCGGGUCAGCUGUCGACGCUCCCGCCCGCGGCCCUCCUUCGCCUCGCCGUCGCGGCGACCAGGUCCGCCGCCGUGGCGGCGGGGCUGAGGGGCGCGCUGGCACGGGCCGCGGCCGAGGGGCUGCAGGGCUGGGCCGUGGACGACGUCUGCAAGCUGCUGCUGGCGGCCGCGAGGCCCAAGGUCGACGCCGGCGGCGAUGGCGUCGAGGAGCUCUUUGGCAGUGCCGCGCGCGUCAUGGAGCCCAAGCUCCCUGGACUGUCGACCUCGCAGCUCAUUAAGCUGGCGCUGGCCGUGACGAGGGCUCCGGGGCGUUCUGGCCGGCCGCUACUGGAGUCGGUCGCGGGCGAGUCCUGCCGGAGGCUGGCGGAGGUGCCCAUCCCGCAGAUGUUGCUGCUGACGCAGGGGCUGCUGCCGCUGGGCGGGGACCAUCAGGCGUUCCAGCGCGUGCUGGCGUUCUGGGCCGAUCCGGAGGUGCUGAGCAUCAGCAGCGGCGGGAAGGCCACCUCCAGCCUCACCGCCGACCAGCUGGCGAAGCUGAUGCAGAUGCUCGCCCCGGUCGCCCCGCACCACGCCGCCUGCGAGGCGCUGGCGCAGGUGCUGGUGGGCCAGGCCGACAAGCUGACUGCCGCCGGGCGCGCCUCUCUGGAGGCCGCCUUCCCCGGCGGCGGCGGGCCCGACGUCCGCGGGCGCUCGGCGCUGCUGCGCGCGCUCGGCCCGGGGGGCGGCGGUGCGAGGCGCAGCGGCAGCCGCGGCGGCGGCGGCCGCAGGGCGCCCAAGGCGGAGGCUGACCGCAGGGCUCCCAGGAGCCGCAGCCGCGGGCGCCAGGGGAGUCGCAGCCGCAGGAGGAGCCGGAGCCGCCGCAGGCGCUGA